AUUUCCAGAAUAAGAUGAUAAAAUCAUGGGGUAAUUAAUAUUUACUUUCAAAUAGAUGGGGAAGAAUGAGAUCAUCACUAGUGUGGACAAUUCUACAAAUUGCCUUUGCAAUAAGUGCACCAUUUUCACCAAAUUACAUUUUGUACCUAAUUCUGAGGACACUGAUAGGCAUGGCUGGAAUUGCAGGGUUUACAACACAUUUUACAAGCUGCAUAGAGGUUCUUACAUCCAGUGGUAGGAAUACAUUUGAAAUUGCAAAUACUGCAACCAGCAUCAUUGGACUUGGCACAUUACCACUGACUGCGUUCUAUGUGAGGAACCAUAUUACUUUACAAAUUAUAGCAGGAGGACUAAUCAUCUUAACUGCUGUUAUACGAUGCAUAACACCGGAGUCUGCAAGAUGGCAUUUAUCUAUAGGAGAAGUCGAAGCUGCCACAAAAGUGACCAGAAUAAUGGCAAGAGUCAAUGGAAAAGAAGUUGAGAAUCAUGAAGAGUUAUUGCAAGGAAUUGCAGAGGAAGAACGGAAGAAAGAAGGAGGGAAGAAAGCCACCAUUAUUGACUUGUUCAGGACACCUAGGAUGAGACGCAUUACAUUCAUCGUCUAUGCAAUAUGGUUUGCAUGUGUUUUUGCUAACUAUGCAGUACAUCUGAACAUCGGAACACUUAUUCCUGGAAACAUUUACCUGAAUAUGUACCUAGUCUUAGGCCUCUCACAAAUCAUGGUAUUACCAAUCAAAUACCUAACUUACUACAAAAUUGGACGAGUAAAGGGGUUCAUGCUUGCACUAAUCACAUCAGGAUUGUUUUCAUUCAGCAUGAUUGGCUUUGUCAGGUUGACAGACAUAACAGCUCUACCUGCCGUUGCUUCAUUACUUGGCGUAGCAUUUGCAACUACAGCUUCAAAUGUAGUAUAUUUAUACAGUGGAGAGAUCUUCCCUACACCAGCCAGAGCUGCAGGGUUGGGGGGAGGAUCUAGCUUUGGUAGAAUAGGUGGACUCAUAGCACCACAAAUACCACUUCU